AUGAGUAAAGAAAAGGGGGACAGUCAACACCACCAACAUGAAGAUCAACCACCGCAGCCGCCGCAGUAUGGAACAUUUCAGGGUGUAGCCAAUCACCCUCCUCCGGCAGUGAUCGGCUUCCCUCAGCCUGUUCCGCCUCCUGGCGCCACCGGAGGUCCUCCACCACCAUCUCAGUAUUAUGCUCAUGGUUAUCAAGCUGUCCCAGGUUAUGCUAUUGCAGAAGGAAGACCUGUAAGGCAGCGUCGCCUACCUUGCUGUGGUAUUGGCAUUGGCUGGUUCCUGUUUAUUAUUGGUUUCUUCCUUGCUGCAAUCCCAUGGUACGUUGCAGCAUUACUUCUAUUCUGCUCCAGAAUUGAUCCUCGCGAGAAACCCGGAUACGUUGCAAGCACUAUUGCUGCCAUUCUCGCUACAGUUGCUAUUAUCUUUGGACUUACAAAGACGGACUGGUGA